AUGGGAGAUGGGGUACCAGUUAAUACAGGGAUUGUUCAGGUACGAGAAAACAACAAUACCUCAUUUCAAGUUCCACGAUUGACGUCAAAGAAUUACAACACUUGGACUAUCUUGAUGGAGUCGGUAUUAGACGCUCAAGGACUUUGGGAGGUGAUUGAUCUGGUAACAGGUGAUGCCGUGGAUGAGAAGAAAAACAAAGUUGCUAGGGCGGUUAUUUUUCAAGCGUUACCGGAAGACAUACUUUUACAAGAUGCUAAAAACCGAAGUGUGAAAGAUAUUUGGGAAGCUUUACGAGUAAGAUUUCUUGGCGCUGACAGGGUUCAAAAGGCUCAAUUGGCUUUGUUAAGGAGAGAAUUCGAACAGCUUCGAAUGAAAGAGGCAGAUUCUAUAGAAAACUUUGCUGGAAAGAUAAGCGGAUUUGUUUCAAGAUAUAGCAGUCUUGGGUCAAGUCUUGAUGAUGAAGCAAUAGUUCGAAAGUUGUUAGAUUCUGUACCAAAGAAGUAUCUUCAAAUUGUUGCUUCUACUGAGCAGUAUUUAGAUAUCGAGAGCAUGCCAUUUGAAGAAGCAAUAGGCAGGUUGAAAGCCUAUGAGGAACGAAUCAAUGAGCAAGACGAGAUGAGUGAUAAUGAUCAAAGUAAUGUAUUAUUAUCUAAAACUGAUGGUCAAAGUUUUAAUAGCAAUGGACAAGACUCUAAAUCCGAUGGUCAAGAGAAGAAUGAAGAGUCUGGUUGUAAGUGUUGUGGACGAGGAUGGUCUAGCCAAAGUGAUCGUGGAAGAGGUCGUGGUCGUGGUCGAGGAGGACGAUACCAAAGGGAUAAAAGGUUUAUCGUAUGUUAUAAUUGUCAAGAAAAAGGUUAUUAUGCAAGUGAAUGUCCUAAGAAGGAGUCAAAGGAAGAAGUAGCAAACUUGGCCGAAGAGUACGAUCCGUCACUAUUUUGA